AUGGAGAACAGCGGACCCAAACCAAAUGCCAUAACUUUCAGACAUCUUUCUUUGGGUUGCUUGAAAGCGGGUUUGAUGAAGGAAGCUCUGAAAACCCUGAACUUGGGGAUGGAUCUGACGACAACCACCAGUGUCAGGAAAUCAACCCCAUGGCUAGAGACUACAUUUUCAAUAUUUGAAAUUUUUACAGAGAGGGGUGAUGUAGAAAAUGGUGAGAAGUUUUUUGAAGAGUUGAAGAAAGCAAAUUACACUUGGCACACUUUUGUUUAUAAUACCUUGAUUAAAGCUUAUGUUUUUAAGGCCAGGAUUUAUGACCCAAAUCUUUUGAGAAGGAUGAUUCUGGGAGGGUCUAGGCCUGAUUCUGAGACCUAUAGCCUAUUGAGACUUGUUGAUCAGUUUCAAGUUGGAGUCCUAAACAUGAGUUUCUUCAAGUCUCUCUCCAUUUCCAUUUUCCUUCUCAUCUCUCUCAUUUUCACCUCCACCCAUGCAGCCACUUUUGAUGUCCGAAACAACUGUCCCUACACAGUUUGGGCAGCAGCCGUGCCUGGUGGCGGCCAGAGGCUUGACAAUGGCCAAACAUGGCAAAUCAACGUCCCUGCCGGCACGAAACAAGCCCGUAUCUGGCCUCGAACCAACUGCAACUUCGACGGGGCCGGUCGGGGCAUCUGUCAAACCGGUGACUGCAAUGGCCUCCUACAAUGCCAAGGUUUUGGUGUACCACCAAACACAUUGGCUGAGUAUGCCUUGAAUCAAUUCAAUAACCUAGACUUCUUCGACAUAUCGCUAGUUGACGGGUUCAACGUUCCACUCGAAUUUAGCCCUACCUCCGGUGGGUGCCAAGGCAUCCGGUGCACCGCCGAUAUCAACGGGCAGUGUCCGAAUGAGUUAAAGGCUCCCGGCGGGUGUAAUAACCCUUGUACUGUGUUCAAGACCGAUCAGUAUUGUUGCAACUCCGGCAACUGUGGACCCACCGACUAUUCGAGGUUCUUUAAGGAUAGAUGCCCAGAUGCUUACAGUUACCCCAAGGAUGAUCAAACAAGCACUUUUACUUGCCUUGGAGGAGGCGACUAUAGGGUUGUGUUCUGCCCUUAG